AUGAGGCUGGUCAAGUUGCUGUCGCGCGGGGAGGGGAUUCGGACCCUGCUGUGGACCUUCAUCAAAUCCUUUCAAGCACUGCCCUACGUAGCUCUACUUAUAGUGAUGCUAUUCUUCAUAUAUGCUGUGAUUGGGAUGCAGAUGUUUGGUAAAAUAGCGCUUCGGGACAACACUCAGAUCAACAGGAACAAUAAUUUCCAGACGUUUCCUCAGGCUGUGCUGCUGUUGUUCAGGUGUGCGACGGGCGAGGCCUGGCAGGAGAUCAUGCUGGCCUGCUCUCGACAGCGCCCGUGUGAAAAGGGCUCCACGCACGAGCACAACAGCACUCACCCAGAGGAUUGCGGCAGCCAGUUUGCCAUCAUCUACUUCGUCAGCUUCUACAUGCUCUGUGCCUUUCUUAUUAUAAACCUGUUUGUGGCUGUCAUCAUGGACAAUUUUGACUAUCUGACCCGGGACUGGUCCAUCCUUGGCCCUCAUCAUCUGGACGAGUUCAAGAGGAUUUGGGCUGAAUACGACCCAGAAGCCAAGGGCAGGAUCAAACAUCUGGAUGUAGUGACAUUGCUUCGGAGAAUCCAGCCUCCACUAGGCUUUGGGAAACUAUGUCCGCAUCGAGUGGCCUGCAAGCGCCUGGUGUCCAUGAACAUGCCCCUGAACAGUGAUGGGACAGUCAUGUUUAAUGCCACGCUGUUUGCCCUGGUCAGAACUGCACUCAGGAUAAAGACCGAAGGUAACCUUGAGCAGGCCAAUGAGGAGCUGAGGGCCAUAGUGAAGAAGAUCUGGAAGAGAACCAGCAUGAAGCUCCUCGAUCAAGUAGUGCCCCCUGCUGGAGAUGAUGAAGUUACAGUCGGGAAGUUCUACGCAACAUUCCUCAUUCAAGAAUAUUUCCGCAAGUUCAAGAAGAGGAAAGAACAGGGGCUGGUGGCUAAGGUGGCCCCCAAAACAGCCCUAUCUCUGCAGGCGGGCCUGCGGACACUCCACGACAUCGGGCCGGAGAUUCGGAGGGCCAUUUCAGGGGACUUGGCGGUGGAGGAGGAGUUGGACAAGGGGCUGAAGGAGCCCGUGUCUGCAGCUUCUGAAGAUGAUAUCUUCAGGCGCUCUGGAGGGCUGUUCGGGAACCAUGUGAACUACUACAACCAGAGCGACAGCCGCGCCUCCUUCCCCCAGACCUUUACCACCCAGAGACCCCUGCACAUCAGCCAGAAGGGUUCUCCGUGCGAUGAGAGCCCGUCCCACGAGAAACUCAUGGACUCCACCACCUUCACCCCCUCAUCCUACUCUUCCUCUGGUUCCAACGCAAACAUCAACAAUGCCAACAACACGUCCAUGGUCCCUGGGCAGGGCCAGGACAGCCGCUUCCCCAGUCCCACCAUCAGUACUGUUGACGGCCACACGGGACCGCCCCUCAGCCCCAUCCUGCUGCCCCGCUCUGCCUGGUGCUUCCCUCCAAAGAGCUCGGACUCUAGCGACAGCCGCCUACCCAUAAUCCUCAGAGGGGACGGGUCCAUGGAGGAUACGUACGACGAGAGCUUCGCAGACGAGAGGGAGUACCCAGAGGACACCCACUCGCUCUCCUCAGACAUGCUGGUGUAUCAGGAUGACACGUGUAAGCAGCUGACCCCCAUGGAGGAGGUGGAGGAGGCAGGGGAGCGCAGGACUGGAGGAGGCUGGCAGUCCCCCAGGAGAGUGUUCCUAUGUCCCACGUCUCUUGGGAGGAGAGCGUCCUUCCACCUGGAGUGUCUCAGGAGACACCCAAAGCCUGAUGUGUCACAAAAGACAGCCGUCCCUCUGCACCUCGUACAUCACCAGGCUUUGGCUGUGGCAGGGCUGAGUCCACUCCUCAGACGGAGUCAUUCUCCCACUCUCUUCAGUCGCCUGUGCUCCACGCCUCCAGCCAGUCCCACUGCCUAUGGUGGUGAAGCCUCAUACCAGCAGGUCCCCUCCUUGAGAUUAGAGGGCACUAGCUCCCAUGAAAAGCUCAACACUAGUUUGCCCUCUGUGAACUGCGGGCCCUGGUACAAUGAUAGUAAUGGGAACAGUCGGACACCCACCCCCAGCACCUCCGGAGUUCCAGGCAGAGCGCCCCGACCCGUGUCCCUCACAGUGCCCUCCCUGCUGGGCACAGACUCCUGCUCUCUGUCCCAUGGCAGUGCAGGCAGCCUGGUGGAGGCCGUAUUGAUCUCAGAAGGCCUGGGCCAGUUUGCACAGGACCCGUCCUUCAUUGAGGCGACCAAAGCCGAGCUGGCCGACGUGUGUGACAUGACCAUCGAGGAGAUGGAGCAUGCGGCUAACAACAUCUUGAACGGGAACACGGGUGCACACACCCAGGGCAGCUCCACGCCUCACUCCAGCCUGCGGCCUCACAGCCCAGCCGCACACAGGGACCAGAGAGACCAGCGGGACCAGUGGAGCAGUGAGACCGCUCCAGCCUCUGAGGAGGAAAGGCAGGAGCUGCUGGCCCCGAGCACCAGUGUAGAGGAGGAUGAAGAGGAGGACAGCUCUCUGCUGCGGCCCGAGGCUCAGAGGAACAGUGGGCUCAUAGAGGAUGAUGAGUGUGUGACCACUAUGGGGCCUGGAGCACAGCCCUGCCAGCCUGGGAGCCGCCUUCACCGCGUUCUGCUCCCAGACCACACGGGAACCACCACACCCAGGGUGUCGGACAGAGACAUAAGCCCCUGGUCUGGCUCUGGUUUCCUGAGCAGCUACUGCAGAGCCAAGGCCUGGCUUCUGCUCAUACCUCCACCUGCUCCUCUCUGCUCCAUCCUCUUCACCAAUGAGUCCACCUUUAGUUUUGCAUCAGAGACUGGGCGUGCGCCACAUGUUUUGAGGAAGAGGAUCAAAACUAUCUAA